CCCUCCUGCUGCUCCCCCGCCGGCUGCUCCCCUCCCUGCUCCCCCGCCGUGUACAAGUGAAAGAAAUCAAAGGAUUAAGGUUUAAGGAUGUCAUCAGAAACUGCAGCUGCACCUUCUGAAACUGAAGCAGCUAGAGCGAAUCUCCUAAAAAGAAAUUCAGAUGAUGUUGGAUGGGAAUAUGGUGUUCUUGUUGAUGCUAACAACAAAGACAAGGUGAAGUGUAAGUUCUGUGACAAGGAGAUGAGGGGAGGGAUUUAUAGGUUGAAGGAGCAUCUUGCCCAUGUUGGAAAGAAUGUGAAGAAAUGCACGUCUGCAACACCGCAGGCUCUAGAGGCUAAAGAGAAGUGCAAGAAAGCAAUAGUGGCUGCAAAAAGGAAGAGGGAGGAGAAGACUAUUCGUGAGCUAGAACUUAGAGAGGAAGUGAAUGUAUCUAGGGUUGGAGAGGAGUCAGAAGAAGUCACUUGUGUUGGAAGCUCACAGCCUCACAAAUUAGGGCCAAUUGACAAAUGGACACGUGCUAUUGAUCCUACCAAGGCUGAUUCAUUCAAACAACAGCAGCUGAACAAGGAAUUAUGGAAAGAAAGAGAGCAUGAGGUGCACAAGUUUAUUGCAAGAUGGGCCUAUAAUCAUGGAAUACCUUUCAAUGCAUGUGACAAUGAUGAGUUCAAGCAAAUGUGUGAAGCAAUUGGACAAUUUGGACCAGGACUUACACCUCCAACUCAAGAUGCCUUUCGAGGUAGUUUGCUGGAAGAAGAAUAUGAAAGAACCAAGUGUUUGCUGCAGGAACGUGAAGCCGAGAAGAUGAAAAAUGGGUGCUCUAUUAUGACCGAUGCUUGGUCAGAUAGGAAGAGGAGAAGCAUAAUGAAAUCAUCCAGAUAA